AUGCGCCCCGAGGUGGCGGCGUCUGGCGAGGAAGCGUCGUUUCCGGCCGUCCGCACGCUGCGGUUCACCGUCGACGGCGCUGGCGAUUCCAAGAGGGAGUACGAGGCCGUGGCUGUCCAGUUUGCGAACGCCUGGCAGCUGUUCCUGACCCACAGCGGCAAGGUCGGCACCUGGCUCUGCGCCUCCGCCGACGCCCCGCAUGCCGACGUGUAUUCCGUGAAGACCCUCAUCGGCGACAGGCUACAGGAGCACCUUGCGGUCUACGCCCGCAGCCUGGUCAAGACGCUGUGCGACUCGCUCCGUACCAGGAGCUCGUUGGAGCUGGACCGUGAGUUCGCACCACCAAACGGCUGA